AUGUCUCGUUUCGAUUCUUGCUAUGAUGGCUAUGGCCUCAAGGAGAAGACCCAGCUAUUCUGGGAGCAGAAGCCGAAGCAGAUGUGGAAAAACAUGAACCGCAAGGUCCAGGUGAACCUCAAGGUCCAGGAAACUGAGUCCCAGCGACGGGAUGAGAGAACUAAAUCGGUCUUGUUCUGGAUGCAGGUGACAACGAAGAAACGACUUCGAGUGCAAAGCUCGAGGCCAUGGGAG